UCGAGUUUCGCCUUCAUUGCACCUGCAUGUUCUUUAUCUCGGUUUUAUCCCGUAUAUUUGACCAUAAACUGAGUUUGAAACGAUCGCAACAAACUGUCAAAUCCAAGCUCCUGCGUCCGCGCAUGCGCUUCCCCGGGUUGCCAGCAACUUCCGCUCCAGAUCGACUUUCGUGCACUUUUGCUUGAGGAACCGAAUUCGCUCCACGAAUGAAUUCUUCCCGAAAUAGUUGUAGACGUAUUGAGACCUCGACACAGUGCGUGCAUUACUACUUUCAAGAAGUAAUACAUAAUUUAAACCUUCGUGUCCGAAUAAACUCGUCUUGGUGGCGCACGUUGAAGCUUCUCGGCCUCGUUAGCUUAGCUUGGCUCGCUAGCCGCUAACGAAGAGACGCGUGUGUCAGCAACACGUCGCAAAUUAGAGAUCGCCUGUGAUUAUCGUGUGGAAAAUGUGCGCAAGAACGACAGCAGCGUCGGAGAAGGAACUUUCUGGAGCAAAAGAGGAGGACGAGCCACGACGUCAACUUGUGGACGCUACUCGCAUGCAGCCUCGUGUUGUGUUACACACAGCAGACAUAACUGAAUAUCUUUGUACUGAGCGGCAGGAGCCAGAGCCCCCUCACAUUAAAGAGGAAGUGGAGGACGAAGAGGUCCACCACAUUAAAGAGGAAGAGGAGCCCAUUUUGAUUAAAAAAGAGGAGGAAGAAGUGUGCACCUACAUCGAAGAGGAGGAGGAUAUCACCAAGAUUCAAUUGACUGGUGUCCCUUUGAAGAGUGAAGGUCAAAGUGAGGAGAGCAGAGGGGCAGAGCCUCCAAGCAGCAGUUCAAGUCAACAGAUGACAACAGAAGGUGAUGGAGACCACUGUGGAGGAUCACAAGCAGACGGCCUCUUAGCUCCACUGUCAGAUCGUGAUGACAUGACUUCACACCCUCCUCACACUGAUGAUGAUAAUGGACAGUGUGAAGGUGAUAUGACAUGUCACACUGAAAACAAAGAAUGGAAAUGUUCUCAGUGUGGGAAGCAUUUUGCUGUUCAGAGCAAUUUGAAACUCCACAUGAAAAUACACACAGGGGAGAGAGAUUUUGCCUGCUCAGUUUGUGGUCAAAGAUUCUCUUGGAAGAGAAGCUUAAAAUUACACACACGAACACACACUGGUGAGAAACCAUUUUCCUGCUCAGAUUGUGACAAAAGAUUCUCUGAAAAGGAAGACUUAAAAAAACACACAAGAACACACACUGGUGAGAAACCUUUUGUCUGCUCAGAUUGUGGCCAAAGAUUCUCUCAGAAGGGAAGCUUAAAAAGACACACAAGAACACACACUGGUGAGAAACCAUUUUCCUGCUCAGAUUGUGGCCAAAGAUUCUCUCAGAAGGAAAGCUUAAAAAGACACACAAGAACACACACUGGUGAGAAACCAUUUUCCUGCUCAGAUUGUGACAAAAGAUUCUCUGAAAAGAAAGACUUAAAAAAACACACAAGAACACACACUGGUGAGAAACCUUUUGUCUGCUUAGAUUGUGGCCAAAGAUUCUCUGUGAAGGGAAGCUUAAAAAUACACACAAGAACCCACACUGGAGAGAAACCUUUUUCCUGCUCAGUUUGUGGCCAAAGAUUCUCUGUGAAGGGAAGCUUAAAAAUACACACAAGAAUCCACACUGGUGAGAAACCUUUUGCUUGCUUAGUUUGUGGUCAGAGAUUCUCUGAAAAGGGAAGCUUAAAAAUACACACAAGAACCCACACUGGAGAGCAACCUUUUUCCUGCUCAGUUUGUGGCCAAAGAUUCUCUUUGAAGGGAAGCUUAAAAAUACACACAAGAACACACACUGGUAAGAAACCUUUUUCCUGCUCAGUUCGUGGUCAAAGAUUCUCUGAAAAAGGAAAUUUUAAAAAGCACACAAGAACCCACACUGGAGAGAAACUUUUUUCCUGCUCAGUUUGUGGCCAAAGAUUCUCUGUGAAGGGAAGCUUAAAAUUACACACAAGAACACACACUGGUGAGAAACCAUUUUCCUGCUCAGAUUGUGACAAAGGAUUCUCUGAAAAGGAAGACUUAAAAAAACACACAAGAACACACACUGGUGAGAAACCUUUUGUCUGCUCAGAUUGUGGCCAAAGAUUCUCUCAGAAGGGAAGCUUAAAAAGACACACAAGAACACACACUGGUGAGAAACCAUUUUCCUGCUCAGAUUGUGGCCAAAGAUUCUCUCAGAAGGAAAACUUAAAAAGACACACAAGAACACACACUGGUGAGAAACAAUUUUCCUGCUCAGAUUGUGACAAAAGAUUCUCUGAAAAGGAAGACUUAAAAAUACACACAAGAACCCACACUGGAGAGAAACCUUUUUCCUGCUCAGUUUGUGGCCAAAGAUUCUCUCGUAAAUCUCGGGUUAAGACACACAAGUGUGCUGGUGAGAAUAGCAGUGAUCAAGAUGCUUUCAAUGAAAAUGUAAAUGUUUAAUCUAAGUAAUUACUGUUACUGAUUUAGAAAAAAAAUCUCCAUUCUUGUAUUCUGUGUACCAGCUUGUAUUGUAUCUAUCUCGUUGUCCAUAUCUUUUCUGAAAGUCCCACUAGUGUUAAGAAUUAACAUUGGUGCCAAAAUACUUUAAAGGGACUCAAAAAUCUCUACAGAAUAAAAAUCCUCCAAAAUACACUGCGUAGUAAUUUUAGAAACCUAGACUGAUGAAAUAUUUGAUUUUAAGACGUCAGCAUGUUACAGCCUGAAACAUAAUGAGCAGGAUCUGAUAACAUUUCCUCAUUGAACAUACGGCCGCUCUAUUUUGUAUUGAUUGCACCACAAAUGUACAGGAUAUGUAUGUAUGUGUAGAUCAAAUGUAUGUAUAGAUCACAAAGGUGUUUCUGUAGGCGGCAUUGUGUGACAGACGUGGACUUCAGCUGGCUGUCAUACUCGGAUGACCCAUGACGAGCGUCUCCCGGCCGAACGACUAACGUGACUUGAUGUCCCGAAACUGCAGCUGAUCUGAUUUGAUCUUAUCUGAUCCAUAUAAUCUAAACUAUGGGGCUGAUUGUUGGAGUAUUUUCAAAGGUUGAAGCUGCCAUGAGUAGAGAUGUCCGCAUAAAUGUUGGUAAUGAUUGUUGACAGUUUUGGGACAUUAAGUCACGUUUCUUGGAUAGCUGGGAAAGGCUCCAGCACGCCCGCGACCCUAGUGAGGAGAAGCGGCUCAGAAAAUGGAUGGAUGGAAUAUCAAAUAAGUAAAUGAUUGAUUGCAAUAGACUGUAAAGACACUUUGACUUUUGGUGGUAAACGAACACAUAUUGGUGAUCCUUAAUAAAAUAUGCCUCUU